CUGGCCCUGAAAAAUCCGACAGGCUCCUGCCACUUCUGCACACAGCGGCCCGUUCGAAGCAUGCUCGUCAGGAUCGGCCCCAUUCGGUUUCUGCAGCAGCACCUUCUCGUCGUGGAGGACGCGGAGCCCAGGGAUCCCGCCCCCAAGUCCACCCCGGCCCCAUUCAUGACUGACGGACCUCCCACGCCAGCGGAUCCAGACUCGGCCCCUCCCAAUGCCACCAACGCCACGGACUGCGGGGAGGACAUCUUGUUGUACGGGGAGACGGAGAAGGUGGUCAUUGGGACGGUCCUCUCCGCCAUCACCUUGCUGACCAUCGCCGGCAACAGCCUGGUCAUCAUCUCCAUCUGCACCAUCAAGAAGCUCCGCCAGCCCUCCAACUACCUGGUGGUCUCCUUGGCGGCCGCCGACCUGUCGGUGGCCUUUGCGGUCAUGCCUUUCGUGAUCAUCACGGACCUCGUCGGAGGGGAGUGGCUCUUCGGAGAGGUCUUCUGCAACGUGUUCAUCGCCAUGGACGUCAUGUGCUGCACGGCCUCCAUCAUGACGCUCUGCGUCAUCAGCGUGGACAG